AAGCAUAUCCGAAACCAAUUAGCUAGUUCUUGUAUAUUCAGGCAACUUCUUUCUCUCCAGGUACAGGUAUAUAUAUGAUCAUUUACACACUUCCUCAAAGAAAAUAUACAUAUAAUUUAUAUCUUGAUUGUGUGUGAUUCGUAAAAUUUGUUAAAGAAUCACUCGAUCAGUUUUGUUUUUCCUGAAUCAACGUACGAUGGAGAAGUACUGGGUAAUUCAGAAAGUUGGUGAGGGAACCUUUGGAAGCGUUUGGAGUGCUAUAAACAAACAGACGGGAGAAGUUGUUGCUGUAAAGCAGAUGAAGAACAAAAAAUAUCAUUCUUGGGAAGAGUGCAUAAAUUUGAGUGAAGUGAAGUCACUGAUAAAGAUGAGUAGUCAUCCUAAUAUUGUGAAGCUAAGAGAAGUUAUUAGAGAACAUGAUAUCUUGUAUUUGGUGUUCGAAUAUAUGGAGUGUAAUUUGCAUCAACUUAUCCGAAAAAGAGGAAGAAGGGUGUUUUCAGAGGAUGAAGUCAGAAAUUGGUGCUUUCAAGUAUUUCAUGCUCUUGCCUACAUGCACCAGCGUGGGUAUUUUCAUCGCGAUCUUAAACCAGCAAAUCUUCUAGUCUCAAACAAUGUUAUCAAACUAGCCGAUUUCGGAUCUGCAAGAAAAAUUAAUUCAGGGCAACCUUUUACACAAAAUAUCACUACACCCUGGUAUAGGGCUCCUGAAGUUAUGCUAAAGUCUCCUACUUAUACUUCUGCUAUCGAUAUGUGGGCAAUGGGUGCAAUAAUGGCUGAACUCUUCACUCUUCGUCCUCUGUUUCCUGGACUAAAUGGAGCAGACCAGAUGUAUAAGAUAUGCAGCGUGAUUGGAACGCCGACAGAUAACUCAUGGCCCCAUGGUUUAAGGCUUGCUAGGGGGAUGAACUACCAGUUUCCAUACCUUCCUGGCGUGCAUAUGUCAAUUUUCAUGCCCUCAGUAAGUGAUGAUGCAACUAGCCUUAUUAGGUCACUUUGUUCUUGGGACCCUUUCAAGAGGCCAACAGCAGCACAAGUCCUUCAGCAUCCAUUCUUUCAUAAAUGUUACUAUGUCAUCCCACCAUCUCCACGGACUACACCUGCUGCCUACUGUCAACAGAACACCAACACCAACAAGAACACCGCUGUCAUUGGGAUCCAGGCCGGGAUAUGCUGAUCACAAACUGAAGAAAAAGGAAACUAUUAUAGGGCUGGGGAAAGAGAAAAGGAGCUUCGAUUAGGAGCAAGACCAAGUUAAUUAGGAUGUUUGUAAACACUUUUUUUUUUCUUUUUCUUUAAAAGUUGCUUAAAAGCUGCUCAUAUUUGCUCAUAUUAAUUAGAGAUUGCAUUAUUGUAACACUUAAAUUCAUCAAUAGAUAACACAUUUUUUAUGACAAGGCCUGCAACUUUAUCCUGUUAACCAAACCCUUUAUAUACUUGUUGUUGAUUAUCCUCCACAGAAGUUAGCAUGUUAGGUUUCAGAUGAUGGAUCUGUACUUUCGGAAGGAUUUUGUCAUUUGGUGAUCCUGAUCACUCAUUCAGAGGGAUUUAUGUUAGCUUUGGAUUAAAUUUUUUUAGUAUAAUUUACUUCAGUUCACAAUUAAGUUCAGUGAAUCUAGAUUAUGAUUCUGGUCAACUUGUAGGUGUUUGAGUUCAUGACUAAUUGUAGUUGUCCGAGUUCAUGACUAAUUUUUGUUGUAGCUAGCUAGUGAAAGCAACUGGUUUCUGUUUCUUAUGCAAAACGGGUUUUA